AUGUCCGAUCUUCCUCGACUGCCCACUCGUGGCAACACUUCUGCUUCACAGCAAUCUCCAGCUCCUCCCCCUCCUCCUCCUCCUGCGCCAGUGCAUCAAGGCCAAAAAUACUCCCAUCGAGCGGCCAGUGCUCUAGCAAGAUUUGCCCAGCCUUUUUUCUCUGGGUCUCGGCCCCCCAGCCCACAGACUGCAACUGGUCGUGCAGAUCUGUCUGCUGGUCCCCGUUCAACCAGGUCCAAGUCCUUACCCGGGGCAUCUCAAACUGUUACACAUAAGACCGGGAUCCCCAUAACUGCCCUAGACGUCUCCCCGCAACGGACGCACGCCGUCAUUGGUGGGAAGGAAAUUUUAAAGACCAUUCGCGUCUUCCCCGACCGUCUGUCCGAGGAAGUCAAUCUUCGCAAUGCUAUCAUCAGUUACUCCUCCACACAUCAUGGUGGGAGUGGGCUUUCCGCGCGGCACAAGGACCAGCUGACCAUCAGGGACGUUAAAUGGUCACAUGGCAAUUAUGACCGAACCAUCGCCACCGCUGUGGCUAAUGGUCGCAUUGUCGUCUAUGAUCUCAAUCGGACUGGCUUGGAAUUUUGCCGCUUCCAAGGACACAGCCGUCAGGUUCAUCGGCUAGCUUUCAAUCCUUACUCUCCGGCAUUGAUCCUGUCAGGGAGUCAGGAUUCUACGAUCCGAAUGUGGGACUUGCGGACAGCGUCUUCCGAACGUGGAGUGUCUAUGUGUGGGAGUAAGGAACAAUACAUUGGCAACAGUGACGCCGUCCGUGACAUCAGAUGGUCGCCGAGCGACCGUUUCGUGUUUGCGACCGCUACGGAUAGCGGUGCGAUUCAACUGUGGGACUCUCGGAAAAACAGUGCUCCCUUGAUGAGGAUUACUGCUCAUGACAGACCGUGUUUUUCAGUGGAUUGGCACCCGGAUGGACAGCAUGUUGUCAGUGGCGGCACAGACAGGCAGGUCAAAGUCUGGGACUUUUCCUCGUCCGCUGAGCGGAGACAAAAGCCUACUUUCCAGUUCAGGACACCGCAGGCCGUCCUCAAUGUGCGAUGGCGCCCGCCUUCCACCGAUAAGGAAUCCGGCGAUUGGCAGUCUUGCCAGGUGGUCACGUCGUACGAUAAAGAAGAUCCACGGGUUCACCUCUGGGACCUUCGACGACCACAUAUCCCCUUCCGGGAAUUCGAUCGGUAUGACUCUCACGCUGCAGAUCUGCUUUGGCAUUCCAAAGAUCUCUUGUGGACGGUAGGCGAAACUGGUGCUUUCACACAGACCGACAUUCGUUAUGCUCCGCAUGUGGUCAAUCAGCGGCCCACGUGCGCCGUCGCUUGGAGCCCCAAUGGAGAGGUGCUUGCUUUCGCUCAGAAACGAGCUCGGCGAAGUGUUAUGGGUCCCAGUGCUACUGAAUUCGUAGGUCGUCUAGAGAUGGAGCACAGUAGCGGCGAACAUUUGGGCCACAGCCCGACGGAAGACAUCCUUGAUGAGCCUUCCUUUGUCUCCAUUCGUCAUCGGCCCAGUAAGUCCAGUAGCAUUCGUCCAUCCAAAUCAUUGAGCAGUACGCCGCCGGGGGCACCCGAGAUUCCUCCCGUCCUUCCGUUGGGAGAAACGCUAUCCAAGAUUCCUCCACCUGGACCACGCCAACUCGGAGUAGUGGGUAGCGUUCCCGGGGCCACUUUGGAUCCGGCGGUCUUUCGAUUCCUCGCUCGCCACUAUUCUCCUUUACUCGAAGCUCCCGAAGAUAGCCGCAAGCAUGCAGACUUACUGCGCGCCUUGUUAGACUCAUUGACUCGGAAUGCAGAACGCGCAGAGGAUGUGUCGCUGCCCAAACUAGCUCAGACUUGGAGGAUAGCCAAGUUCGCUGUUAUCCAGGAGCUUGAACUCAGGGCCAGGGCGCAACGUCAGGCCCCUGAGAGAGGCUCACGCAACGUCAAGAAAAUGCUUUCCAAAGAGGGGCACCUUGCGGAGCGACCUCCCGCCCUGGAAGAUGGAAGGACUGACAGAUUGAAAAACCGCUUGUUCAGAGUGGUAAUGGAGACAGAUGCAUCAAGGCAUGCCACAACAGAAAUUGAAAGCACGUCAAAUAUCACCACACCUCUCGCAAGACCCUUGCCGGACUCACCUGUCGAGUCUCUGGGCAGUCCGCACUCGCAAAUGACCUCUCUGAAUGAUGAUGCUGCAGAUAUCGAGCCCUUACCGCCCUCCGUUUUGAGCUCUAAUCAGGGCACGAUGAACUCGAACGGUUGGUCGUCAAUGUCAGAUGUCGAACCCCAUUCCCUACCCCAAUUCGAAAAACGCCAGUCAGAUGCUGGUGAUAGUGCCCUGACUUCGUUCGAAAGCCCACCAGCAGACCUCGUUGGGACAUCAGCGAUUCAAAAUCCGGAAAGUGACCAAAGAUCAGCACCGCGGGCGAUUAAUCGUCAAGCGGACUGGCGCCUUCGAAAUCACCCGGAUUAUGUCAAAGGAGCGUCAGAAGACGAGUUCGACCAGAAGAUGGAGGACAAAAGGGCAGCGAUUCGUGAUUAUAAGCUCUUUCCUAAGAAAGUGUUGUCGCUCGAGUCUCAUAUCGAGCCCCCAAGGCCCCCGCCUUUUCACCGACAUGAAUCCUCGGAGAGCUUUCCAAUGUUCUCAGAAUCUACAGGAAGCUCACAUCCUUCCAAAUCGCUGGCUACAUCGUUUUCCUCUGCGGCAAGACUGUACGAUAGCUCGAAGAUUGCUGAAAUCGAUGAGUCUGUCAUUGAGGACUAUACUCGCGAUCAUGAGAAUCUAGAACUUGCUCACGCCUCCAUACCGAACAAACAGGAGCUUCAUGAUGACGGAUUGUUUCAAGAAAGUGUUAUUAAUGCUAGCAGCGUUCAUCUGGAACGCCCUUCGAGCCCUCCGCCGCUUCUAUCGGAGUCUAGCCCCUUGCAGAUCCCUAGUCAGGACUGCUCAACAACAGCCAAGAACGCACCGAAUUUUCGAUCUAUACCUGAGUCGACUGAGGACCUUUCCGAAGUCAUUAUCCCUCUCAGCCCCGACCUGAGCGGAAAAAAGCCUUGGGGGGCGGAAAUAUUGCUGAAAGAAGCGAUCAGGUAUAAUCACAGCAGCACGCAUGUUGACAUACAGUCUGCUGCCCACCUACUUCAGAAACUACGCGUUCUCUUCCGAGAAUGUGAGAAACUUCUCCCAAGGGAGGAGUGUGAGCUCAUCUUCAAAACCUACCAUGAGCACCUUGUACGCCAGUCGAUGUACCUGGAGGCUGCCGAGCUUCGACUUUUAUGUGUACCAUCCUAUCCAGCGGUGUAUGAGUAUGCCCAGACAAAUACUUUCAUAAAUGUGUUCUGCUUCACGUGCAAGCGACCAUACGAAAACCCGAAACAGGAUAACCGACGCUGUUACCAAUGCAACACCCCGCAAGAACCUUGUGCCAUUUGCAUGAGCGUCGACCCACCCGCAGAUUGGAUUACAGAGCAGAUCUCAUCAUUUGCCGAUUCCGAAGAGGACUCCAAGGCUACCUCGCAUUUGCUAUCCUCAUCGCGAUCCUCGCUCAAGACGGAGCAGAUCCCUUCCUCCGAGUUGCAGCGUUUGGAUGAUGCAUUGCUGGGAGAUUACACCGUUCCUCGACCGAAGGGUUCCAAUCUAUGGACCUGGUGUCAAGGUUGCGGCCACGGAGGCCACAUGGCUUGUAUUACCACGUGGUUGAGCGACCCGUCCGUCAGUGAAGGGGGUUGCGCCACCCCGGGGUGUAUGCACGACUGUGCACCGGGACCACGCCGUGAGUUUAAUCGCCUCGUCUUGCAGGAUGAAUCGAGAAAGCGAGACUCUGCUAGCAGAAAAGCCGGAGUCGGGUUCGUCAAACGCGACCCCUGGGCGAAAGGCGAGAGCAAAGCGGUCGAAAAGGUCCGUGGUAUGCUCGGUGUUGCCGUAUCAGGCGGAAGCACUGCUUCAAAUGCGGCCGCCGGGACCGGGGCAGCGUCUUCGUCCGGCAUGAUGUCACCUAAGAAAGUACGACUGGUCACGCCGAGUGAGCAAGGCAAGCGACGGAGUGGUCCGUCGCGGGCAAGUACCGGGGGCAGUAGCGGAAUUAACAUCUGA